AUGAGGCGCGCAGGCCUGGGUGAAGGUGGCCCUCCUGGCAGCUAUGGGAACUAUGGCUAUGCUAACAGUGGGUAUAGCGCCUGCGAAGAAGAGAAUGACAGGCUCACUGAGAGUCUGAGACACAAAGUAACGGCUAUAAAAUCUCUUUCCAUUGAGAUAGGCCAUGAAGUUAAAACUCAAAAUAAAUUAUUAGCUGAAAUGGAUUCACAAUUUGAUUCUACAACUGGAUUUCUAGGUAGAACUAUGGAAAAACUGAAGAUUUUAUCCAGAGGGAGCCAAACAAAGCUGAUGUGCUAUAUGAUGCUGUUCUCACUGUUUGUCUUUUUUGUCAUUUAUUGGAUUAUUAAACUGAGGUGA